UCCGAGGCAGACGCGGAAGUGAGGGGAGGCCCGGGGCUGAGGCCGGUUGCCGGACUUCUGGCCCAGCCGCCCGCCUUGGGAACGUUCCGGAAGGCUAGAUUCCUAAGAGGCCGGAUCCCGGCAGCCCAGACGAGACGAAGCCGGCGCUCCUCGGCCUAGGAGCCGAUGCCGGCCGCGCCCUGGAGGCCCCGUAGCGGGGCCGGACCAUGAGCCUGCUGGGCGGCCCGGCCUCGUCGCCGCGGGCCCCGCUGCAGUCCGGCAAGGCCAGGAUGAAAAAGCUCCCGAAGAAGAGCCAGAACGAGAAGUACCGGCUUAAGUACCUGCGGCUGCGCAAAGCGGCCAAAGCCACCGUGUUUGAAAAUGCUGCUAUUUGUGAUGAAAUUGCUCGUCUGGAGGAAAAAUUUCUUAAAGCAAAAGAAGAAAGACGGUAUUUGCUAAAGAAGCUCCUCCAGCUUCAGGCCCUAACAGAAGGGGAGGUACAGACUGCAGCCCCCGCCCACAGCUCCAGUUUGCCCCUGACUUACGGUGUGGCCAGCUCUGUGGGAGCUAUACAGGGAGCUGGGUCCAUUUCUGGGCCCAGCACUGGGGCUGAGGAACCAUUUGGGAAGAAAUCCAAGAAGGAGAAAAAAGAAAAAGGCAAAGAGAACAACAAACUGGAAGUUCUGAAGAAAACAUCCAAGAAAAAGAAAAUGGAGGGAGGUGCUCGCAAGCUGGUUCAGCCCAUUGCCCUGGAUCCCUCAGGACGGCCUGUGUUCCCCAUCGGACUGGGGGGUCUAACAGUAUAUAGCCUGGGGGAGAUCAUCACCGACCGACCUGGCUUCCAUGAUGAGCGCGCCAUCUACCCCGUGGGCUACUGCAGUACUCGGAUAUAUGCCAGUGUCAAGUGCCCGGACCAGAAGUGUCUGUAUACCUGCCAGAUCAAGGAUGGUGGCAUGCAGCCUCAGUUUGAAAUUGUUCCUGAAGAUGACCCCCAGAACGCCAUUGUCACCUCUUCUGCAGAUGCCUGUCACGCAGAACUGCUCAAGACCAUAAGUGCUGCUCUGGGGAAACUAAUGCCCAACCUGCUUCCGUCUGGAGCUGACUUUUUUGGGUUUUCUCAUCCAACUAUUCACAACCUGAUCCAGAGUUGUCCAGGAGCUCGAAAAUGCGUCAGUUACCAGUGGGUGAAAUUUGAUGUGUGGAAACCCGGAGACGGGCAGCCACCCCAAGGACUGCCAGAGAAUGAUGCAAGUGUAAGCUUCGAAGCCUUUCAGAGACAGGCCUUUGGUGAAGAUCAUAGCGAUCCCAUUCUGCCAGGAUCCUUGGACCUUCCAGAGCUUCAGCCCACACCCUUCGUGUCUUCUUACGAGCCCGUGUUCCUGACGCACGAACCCCUGGUGGACACUCACCUACAGCACCUGAAGUCUCUGUCACAGUGUAGCCCGACUCCGUCUUCAGAUUGAGCAGGAGGGGGUCGCAUACCACGUCAUUUAACUUAAAGUAAAACUCCAAAUAUGGAAGAAGACAGCAGUUCAGGAGCGAAGGACAUACCAACACAUUUUGUCAUGGAGACUCCUGUGGUGACAGUGUUCCCUGGGAAAAACUUUAGCUGCUUUAUUUUUAGCAAUAAAUUUCUCUUUACAAA